AUGCUCCUGCCGCGCAUGCUCCUGCCGCGCAUUGCUCCUGCCGCGCAUGCUCCUGCCGCGCAUGCUCCUGCCGCGCAUGCUCCUGCCGCGCAUGCUCCUGCCGCGCAUGCUCCUGCCGCGCAUGCUCCUGCCGCGCAUAGCUCCUGCCGCGAUGCUCCUGCCGCGCAUGCUCCUGCCGCGCAUGCUCCUGCCGCGCAUGCUCCUGCCGCGCAUGCUCCUGCCGCGCAUGCUCCUGCCGCGCAUGCUCCUGCCGCGCAUGCUCCUGCCGCGCAUGCUCCUGCCGCGCAUGCUCCUGCCGCGCAUGCUCCUGCCGCGCAUGCUCCUGCCGCGCAUGCUCCUGCCGCGCAUGCUCCUGCCGCGCAUGCUCCUGCCGCGCAUGCUCCUGCCGCGCAUGCUCCUGCCGCGCAUGCUCCUGCCGCGCAUGCUCCUGCCGCGCAUGCUCCUGCCGCGCAUGCUCCUGCCGCGCAUGCUCCUGCCGCGCAUGCUCCUGCCGCGCAUGCUCCUGCCGCGCAUGCUCCUGCCGCGCAUGCUCCUGCCGCGCAUGCUCCUGCCGCGCAUGCUCCUGCCGCGCAUGCUCCUGCCGCGCAUGCUCCUGCCGCGCAUGCUCCUGCCGCGCAUGCUCCUGCCGCGCAUGCUCCUGCCGCGCAUGCUCCUGCCGCGCAUGCUCCUGCCGCGCAUGCUCCUGCCGCGCAUGCUCCUGCCGCGCAUGCUCCUGCCGCGCAUGCUCCUGCCGCGCAUGCUCCUGCCGCGCAUGCUCCUGCCGCGCAUGCUCCUGCCGCGCAUGCUCCUGCCGCGCAUGCUCCUGCCGCGCAUGCUCCUGCCGCGCAUGCUCCUGCCGCGCAUGCUCCUGCCGCGCAUGCUCCUGCCGCGCAUGCUCCUGCCGCGCAUGCUCCUGCCGCGCAUGCUCCUGCCGCGCAUGCUCCUGCCGCGCAUGCUCCUGCCGCGCAUGCUCCUGCCGCGCAUGCUCCUGCCGCGCAUGCUCCUGCCGCGCAUGCUCCUGCCGCGCAUGCUCCUGCCGCGCAUGCUCCUGCCGCGCAUGCUCCUGCCGCGCAUGCUCCUGCCGCGCAUGCUCCUGCCGCGCAUGCUCCUGCCGCGCAUGCUCCUGCCGCGCAUGCUCCUGCCGCGCAUGCUCCUGCCGCGCAUGCUCCUGCCGCGCAUGCUCCUGCCGCGCAUGCUCCUAGCCGCGCAUGCUCCUGCCGCGCAUGCUCCUGCCGCGCAUGCUCCUGCCGCGCAUGCUCCUGCCGCGCAUGCUCCUGCCCGCGCAUGCUCCUGCCAGCGCAUGCUCCUGCCGCGCAUGCUCCUGCCGCGCAUGCUCCUGCCCGCAUGCUCCUGCCGCGCAUGCUCCUGCCGCGCAUGCUCCUGCCGCGCAUGCUCCUGCCGCGCAUGCUCCUGCCGCGCAUGCUCCUGCCGCGCAUGCUCCUGCCGCGCAUGCUCCUGCCGCGCAUGCUCCUGCCGCGCAUGCUCCUUGCCGCGCAUGCUCCUGCCGCGCAUGCUCCUGCCGCGCAUGCUCCUGCCGCGCAUGCUCCUGCCGCGCAUGCUCCUGCCGCGCAUGCUCCUGCCGCGCAUGCUCCUGCCGCGCAUGCUCCUGCCGCGCAUGCUCCUGCCGCGCAUGCUCCUGCCGCGCAUGCUCCUGCCGCGCAUGCUCCUGCCGCGCAUGCUCCUGCCGCGCAUGCUCCUGCCGCGCAUGCUCCCUGCCGCGCAUGCUCAUGCCGCGCAUUGCUCCUGCCGCGCAUGCUCCUGCCGCGCAUGCUCCUGCCGCGCAUGCUCCUGCCGCGCAUGCUCCUGCCGCGCAUGCUCCUGCCGCGCAUGCUCCUGCCGCGCAUGCUCCUGCCGCGCAUCUCCUGCCGCGCAUGCUCCUGGCCUCGCGCAUGCUCCUGCCGCGCAUGCUCCUGCCGCGCAUUGCUCCUGCCGCGCAAUGCUCCUGCCCGCGCAUGCUCCUGCGCGCAUGCUCCAUGCCGCGCAUGCUCCUGCCGCGCAUGCUCCUGCCGCGCAUGCUCCUGCCGCGCAUGCUCCUGCCGCGCAUGCUCAUGCCGCGCAUGCUCCUGCCGCGCAAUGCUCCUGCCGCGCAUGCUCUGCCGCGCAUGCUCAUGCCGCGCAUGCGUCCCUGCCGCGCAUGCUCCUGCCGCGCAUGCUCCUGCCGCGCAUGCUCACUGCCGCGCAUGCUCCUGCGCGCAUGCUCCUGCCGCGCAUGCUCCUGCCGCGCAUGCUCCUGCCGCGCAUGCUCCUGCCGCGCAUGCUCCUGCCGCGCAUGCUCCUGCCGCGCAUGCUAUGCUCCUGCCGCGCAUGCUGGCAUGCUCUGCCGCGCAUGCUCCUGCCGCGCAUGCUCCUGCCGCGCAUGCUCCUGCCGCGCAUGCUCCUGCCGCGCAUGCUCCUGCCGCGCAUGCUCCUGCCGCGCAUGCUCCUGCCGCGCAUGCUCCUGCCGCGCAUGCUCCUGCCGCGCAUGCUCCUGCCGCGCAUGCUCCUGCCGCGCAUGCUCCUGCCGCGCAUGCUCCUGCCGCGCAUGCUCCUGCCGCGCAUGCUCCUGCCGCGCAUGCUCCUGCCGCGCAUGCUCCUGCCGCGCAUGCUCCUGCCGCGCAUGCUCCUGCCGCGCAUGCUCCUGCCGCGCAUGCUCCUGCCGCGCAUGCUCCUGCCGCGCAUGCUCCUGCCGCGCAUGCUCCUGCCGCGCAUGCUCCUGCCGCGCAUGCUCCUGCCGCGCAUGCUCCUGCCGCGCAUGCUCCUGCCGCGCAUGCUCCUGCCGCGCAUGCUCCUGCCGCGCAUGCUCCUGCCGCGCAUGCUCCUGCCGCGCAUGCUCCUGCCGCGCAUGCUCCUGCCGCGCAUGCUCCUGCCGCGCAUGCUCCUGCCGCGCAUGCUCCUGCCGCGCAUGCUCCUGCCGCGCAUGCUCCUGCCGCGCAUGCUCCUGCCGCGCAUGCUCCUGCCGCGCAUGCUCCUGCCGCGCAUGCUCCUGCCGCGCAUGCUCCUGCCGCGCAUGCUCCUGCCGCGCAUGCUCCUGCCGCGCAUGCUCCUGCCGCGCAUGCUCCUGCCGCGCAUGCUCCUGCCGCGCAUGCUCCUGCCGCGCAUGCUCCUGCCGCGCAUGCUCCUGCCGCGCAUGCUCCUGCCGCGCAUGCUCCUGCCGCGCAUGCUCCUGCCGCGCAUGCUCCUGCCGCGCAUGCUCCUGCCGCGCAUGCUCCUGCCGCGCAUGCUCCUGCCGCGCAUGCUCCUGCCGCGCAUGCUCCUGCCGCGCAUGCUCCUGCCGCGCAUGCUCCUGCCGCGCAUGCUCCUGCCGCGCAUGCUCCUGCCGCGCAUGCUCCUGCCGCGCAUGCUCCUGCCGCGCAUGCUCCUGCCGCGCAUGCUCCUGCCGCGCAUGCUCCUGCCGCGCAUGCUCCUGCCGCGCAUGCUCCUGCCGCGCAUGCUCCUGCCGCGCAUGCUCCUGCCGCGCAUGCUCCUGCCGCGCAUGCUCCUGCCGCGCAUGCUCCUGCCGCGCAUGCUCCUGCCGCGCAUGCUCCUGCCGCGCAUGCUCCUGCCGCGCAUGCUCCUGCCGCGCAUGCUCCUGCCGCGCAUGCUCCUGCCGCGCAUGCUCCUGCCGCGCAUGCUCCUGCCGCGCAUGCUCCUGCCGCGCAUGCUCCUGCCGCGCAUGCUCCUGCCGCGCAUGCUCCUGCCGCGCAUGCUCCUGCCGCGCAUGCUCCUGCCGCGCAUGCUCCUGCCGCGCAUGCUCCUGCCGCGCAUGCUCCUGCCGCGCAUGCUCCUGCCGCGCAUGCUCCUGCCGCGCAUGCUCCUGCCGCGCAUGCUCCUGCCGCGCAUGCUCCUGCCGCGCAUGCUCCUGCCGCGCAUGCUCCUGCCGCGCAUGCUCCUGCCGCGCAUGCUCCUGCCGCGCAUGCUCCUGCCGCGCAUGCUCCUGCCGCGCAUGCUCCUGCCGCGCAUGCUCCUGCCGCGCAUGCUCCUGCCGCGCAUGCUCCUGCCGCGCAUGCUCCUGCCGCGCAUGCUCCUGCCGCGCAUGCUCCUGCCGCGCAUGCUCCUGCCGCGCAUGCUCCUGCCGCGCAUGCUCCUGCCGCGCAUGCUCCUGCCGCGCAUGCUCCUGCCGCGCAUGCUCCUGCCGCGCAUGCUCCUGCCGCGCAUGCUCCUGCCGCGCAUGCUCCUGCCGCGCAUGCUCCUGCCGCGCAUGCUCCUGCCGCGCAUGCUCCUGCCGCGCAUGCUCCUGCCGCGCAUGCUCCUGCCGCGCAUGCUCCUGCCGCGCAUGCUCCUGCCGCGCAUGCUCCUGCCGCGCAUGCUCCUGCCGCGCAUGCUCCUGCCGCGCAUGCUCCUGCCGCGCAUGCUCCUGCCGCGCAUGCUCCUGCCGCGCAUGCUCCUGCCGCGCAUGCUCCUGCCGCGCAUGCUCCUGCCGCGCAUGCUCCUGCCGCGCAUGCUCCUGCCGCGCAUGCUCCUGCCGCGCAUGCUCCUGCCGCGCAUGCUCCUGCCGCGCAUGCUCCUGCCGCGCAUGCUCCUGCCGCGCAUGCUCCUGCCGCGCAUGCUCCUGCCGCGCAUGCUCCUGCCGCGCAUGCUCCUGCCGCGCAUGCUCCUGCCGCGCAUGCUCCUGCCGCGCAUGCUCCUGCCGCGCAUGCUCCUGCCGCGCAUGCUCCUGCCGCGCAUGCUCCUGCCGCGCAUGCUCCUGCCGCGCAUGCUCCUGCCGCGCAUGCUCCUGCCGCGCAUGCUCCUGCCGCGCAUGCUCCUGCCGCGCAUGCUCCUGCCGCGCAUGCUCCUGCCGCGCAUGCUCCUGCCGCGCAUGCUCCUGCCGCGCAUGCUCCUGCCGCGCAUGCUCCUGCCGCGCAUGCUCCUGCCGCGCAUGCUCCUGCCGCGCAUGCUCCUGCCGCGCAUGCUCCUGCCCGCGCAUGCUCCUGCACGACGCAUGCUCCUGCCGCGCAUGCAUCCUGCCGCGCAUGCUCCUGCCGGAGGAAGGUGGCAGCAAAGGGAGCAGUGCAGCAGCAUGUGCAAGAGGCACAGCACGAGUCACAGGUACCACCGGUGCAGCCUGUUUCGCAGGCGGCGGCACACGUGCAUGUGAGCAAUCCGGACACUCGGCAAGGAGGGACAAGUGUUGAGGGGAGGGUGCGGGGUGGUGAGGCGGAGGAGGAAGCUGAGGAUGCGGUUGCUGGCGCAUGUGGAGGUCUUGCCAGAGGGCGAGGGGGGCCAGGAGGAGUGAAUGGAGGGCAGCGUGCAGAGAAAGAUGUGAUAUGCUUAGAUGAUGACGAUGAGGCGGAGGAGAAGAAGGCAUAUGGAGAGGCAUGUGAGGUGGCAAGUGAAGUGGCAUGUGAGGAGGAGGAGGCAUGUGAGGAGGAGGCAAGUGAGGAGGAAGAGGAGGGGGAGGGCGAGGAGGAUGAUUUCCUAGACGGGCUGCUUCAUGCUGCUGAUGACCUCGCCCCCCCUGCACGCACUGUGCCUGCUGCUAUGCCCAUGGGGCGGGCAACCGAAGUAACAGCAAAGGCGCCAGCUGCAGCAGACAGAGCAGUAGGAGGCGGAGGGGCGGAAGCAGCAGACGCAGGAGCACCAGGGGCAGCAGCAAUGAGAGUGCCAGUACCGCCUUUUCCUGUAGGCGAGGCGGAGGAAGAAGGAUGGAGAGGAGGUGUGGCACGUGCGACGGAAGCGAGAGGAGGAGAGCGGGCAGGUGGGAGCGAGGGGCAUGUGGAACAAGCCUGUGGUGCUGGUGCAGCGGGCAGGGGAGAACGGGGGGAGGACGGCGAGGGGGGCAGGCGAAGGGAGGUAGAGAGUGAGUGGGGAGGGGAGUGGAUGCAAGGGGAGGAGUAUGGCGAUGAACAGGAGAAGAUGGAGCCACUGUUGUCACAUUCAGCCCUCCCAGCCCCACAGUUCUCUCGCCUCGCACACUCCUCUCUCCCCUCUCUCAACCGCCACAAGCCACAACCCGCCUUCCUCUCCUCAGCUCGCUCUUUUGCCCACUCAAACCGCUCUCAAUACCAGCAGCAGCAGGGAGGGCAUUCAGGGGGGCAGGUGCAUGUGCACGUGUCGGGUCGCAAGGCUGCUUUUGUGCUGGCUCCGAAGCACCUUCCUGGCAUGCACGACCCAUGCGUGUAUGCCGCUCCUGUGCGCAAUGCUGCUGGUAAUUGCAGCAACAGCAGCAGCGGCACCACAGCAACUGCUGCCGCCACUGCCCGAGCUGCUACUGCCAAUGGUACCACCACUGCCACUGCUGCUGCUGCUGCUGCUGCUGCUGGUGCUGAUGAUGAUGAUGCUGGUGCUGGAGCAGGGAUUCAAGCCGGUUCCACUGGCAGCAUACACAGCCAGCACGUGAUCUCUGCUCGCACCUCGUUGCCGUCGUGUGCUUCUCCUCCUCUUCCAUCUCUCUCCACUGCUCCUCUCGUGGCCAUGGGUCCUGAUGGCAGGGGUGGGGUGCAACGGAUACUCAAGCUUAGCAGCACCAAGCUUUCACGGUCAGCACUUCCCGCCAAGCGCAAGCUGGUAAAGGGCAAGCCACAAGCAGGAGCAGCAAGAGCGAAGGACAUGCACCGCAUAGAUGGAUGUAAAGGUGUUGAGAUGAAGGUGAUGCGUGCGUGUGUGUUGCUGCUGCUGCCUGGGGAUGGCAUUGGCCCUCUCGUUGCUGCUGAGGCCGUGGUGCAGGCUUGCCUUUCCCCCCGACCUCAUGUAUCUCUCCCCUUCCCAUCCCACCUGCUUUCCCUUGCUGUGCGCGCUCCCCGCUGCCCCUCGCAGGUGCUGGCGGCCAUGCGGGCACCGGUGCAGUUUGAGGUGUGUGAGAUCAGCGGCAGGAUGCCGCGCCUGCCUGCAGACGUGCUGGACUCGCUGCACCGCAACGGCGUUGGGCUCAAAGGUGGCCUCGCCACGCCUGUGGGCGGGGGAGUGAGCUCCCUCAACAUGCGUCUGCGCCAGGAGCUAGACCUCUUCGCCAACCUUGGGCAGGGGCAUGCGCGAAGGGACGUGGCAGAGGCGCUGCGGCGGCGGCCGCGGGGGGUGAACAUAGUGGUGGUGCGGGAGAACACGGAGGGCGAGUACAGCGGGCUGGAGCACGAGGUGGUGCCGGUCACACACAUAGUGCUGCUCUUGGUCACCUUACCCCUCCCGAGUUCUCUUCCCUGCUGCAAUCCCUUCCCUGCUGCAAUCCCUUCCCUGCUGCAAUCCCUUCCCUGCUGCAAUCCCUUCCCUGCUGCAAUCCCUUCCCUGCUGCAAUCCCUUCCCUGCUGCAAUCCCUUCCCUGCUGCAAUCCCUUCCCUGCUGCAAUCCCUUCCCUGCUGCAAUCCCUUCCCUGCUGCAAUCCCUUCCCUGCUGCAAUCCCUUCCCUGCUGCAAUCCCUUCCCUGCUGCAAUCCCUUCCCUGCUGCAAUCCCUUCCCUGCUGCACUCCCUUCCCUGCUGCAAUCCCUUCCCUGCUGCACUCCCUUCCCUGCUGCAAUCCCUUCCCUGCUGCAAUCCCUUCCCUGCUUACUGGUGAGCAAGCUCUGUUCGGAGCGCAUAGUGCGGCGCGCUACGCCUUCCACUUGAAUUUGAGUCGACUCAUAAGCUGCCGUCCUAAACCCUCUCCCCAGGUGGUGAGCAAGUUCUGUUCAGAGCGCAUAGCGCGCUACGCCUUCCAGUACGCGUACCUCAACGGGCGUCGCGCAGUCACGGCGGUGCACAAGGCCAACGUCAUGAAGGUCUCCGACGGGCUCUUCCUCGACUCGUGCCGCCAGGUGGCGCAGGCGUACCCGCACCUGCGCUACAGCGAGAUCAUUGUGGACAACUGCUGCAUGCAGCUCGUGCGCCGCCCCCAGCAGUUUGACGUCAUGGUGACGCCCAAUCUGUACGGCUCGCUGGUGGCCAACACAGCAGCGGGCAUCUGUGGGGGCUCCUAUCUCAUGCCCGGAGGCAAUGUGGGCGACAACGCAGCCGUGUUCGAGCAGGGCGCAUCGGCAGGCAACGUGGGCAACGAGCGCAUGGUAUCAGAGCGCACGGCCAACCCCACGGCGCUGCUGCUCUCAGCAGCCAUGAUGCUGCACCACCUGCACCUGCCGGUGUUUGCUGACCGAGUGGAGGGGGCCGUGAAGGGCGUGCUGGCCGAGGGGGCCGUGCUCACUCCCGAUAUGGGGGGUAGGGCCACGACCCAGGAUAUGGUUGAUGCGAUUGUGGAUAGGCUGGGGUAA